AAGCUGAUUCCUAAAGUACACAAAGUAAAUUUGACUUCUGGUGGCUCAGAGAGUGUGGACGUUUCGUUCGGGUCGGGCACAGACACUGCAGCAGUGUCACAGGAAAACGAAGCAUCUGGAAGUGGACUUAUUAUCGAUUCUUUGCAUCCCAACAAAAGAAUGGACGAACUUAAUAAUACUGAUACAAAUAAGACUCACGACUUCAUAAAAAUUUUAUCUCCCCAUCAUAAAUCAAGCUCUAAUGACACGCCCAAUCCCAACGAGUUUAACUUCACCAUACGAAACGAACUCAGAGAAAAUACCUCUAGGUUAUAUCAAAUAUUUCUUGGGGCCAUAGCGAUCGUCGUGUUUGAAGAGAUCUUCAUGUGCCCAGUGAUGUUUGUUGCUGACGCAGUUUUACUGGCCAAACAGACGGAAGAGGGUUCUCUUGUUGUAUAUGGAUAUCAACGGGUUUUUGGCUCUAUCGGCUUUCUGAUAUUCUUUUUAAUCACUGGAUCUUUAGUGAAUGAUUCAUUUCGCCCGGUCUGUGGACAUAUGUAUGCAGACUAUGUCAUCAACUUCUGCUUUUACUGUGUUUUAACAAUAAUUACGUUGUUGGUGUUGAUCAAGUUCGAAGGACCAUCAAGACGUCCAGAGGGUUUUCCGUACGAGACGCUUAAAACUAUUUUUCACAACAAACACUACGGAUCUUUCUUUGCUUCUGUGGCGUUUUUGGGUUUUUCACAUAUCGUGAUUUCGAAUUUUCAUACCACAUAUCUCAUGGAAAGUAAUACUGGACACUCGUCAUCUGCUACAAUAAAUGCCUUCCGUCUGCUAGGCGAGCCAUUAGCCUUCUUUGUCAGCCAUAAACUAAUAGCACAUAUCGGGGAUAUAAACAUGAUGUUCGCUUCUCUCGUAUUGAACAUGUUUAAUCAUUUCGCGUGCUCAUUUGUCACCAGUCCCUGGCAUGUGAUUCCACUCGGCUUUCUUGAAGGCUUCACCUUUGGAGGUUCGUUUGUGGCAUGCGUCACUUAUCUGGCGAAAUCAUCUCCGUUUGAUUAUAUAACAACUGUACAAGGUAAUGAGCUUUGCCCUUAUGGCAAUUAAUUUUUAGAGAUAAAAGAGAUAUCAGAGCUCUUUACCACAGCCUUAAUGGAACAUUUUAGGUCUUUGCAGCACAAAUGCUCCUAAAUGGUCUUGGUACCGACGAUAGGAAGCGUUCUUUCGCCAAUUUCUUUAACAAUGUCUUUACCAGUUGUUUGUAACUGUUUGGUAUAUUUGUCAGUUGUUAGAUUUUCGUUAUAAAAUCUAGUUUGUGCGUUCUUUGUUAUUUUCUUCACAAACCUCGAUCAGGUUUUGUGAUAACACUUAUGCCAAAGGCAAUGUACACGUUAGCCUCGUACGAUCGACGGUAAGUUUGUGAAUUUCAAAGGUCUGGUAGAGCCUCUCUUUAUGCCUUUCUAUAGACACAGUUUUAGAGAACUGUUGCAUUAUUCAAUGAUCUCGGUGGUAGCUUAAGGUGCAGAGGCCUAGGUCCUUUACCAAAGUCAAACAAAUUUAAGCGAUUCGUGGAUCAUCCUUGGUGUAAAAUGCCUGGACCAGUGCCUUUGAACCGAAGCUAUACUUGGUCUUGUAAGAAUGGAAUCCAUGUUCCUCUGACUACUCUGACUAUAGCUACCUGGGCGGAACAUGUCGGAAGAUUUUAGGACACAUGUAUGUCAAAAGCCAGACUGACACUUUUUGUGAAAUCCCUAAAGCUGGAAAAACAACUUUCCACGGCCAGCAUUUCAACAAGAGGCAGAAUGCUUCAGACCGUGGUUGAUGACCCUCAUUUUCUGGAAGGCAAGCAGCAGAUGCGUGACUCUGAAAGGAAUAGAGCUGCAUUAUGCCGAUGUAAAGGAGAAAAACAAGCGAUAAAAAGAAAGAGCAAGCAUCACCAGAUUCAGCCUUCUCCCCUCCGUUGUACCAAAGAAUUUGAGCUUGACGCCUCUGCGUCCAAAGCCGCCGGCCAGACCUGUUAAUCUCUCAUUCUCCUUAUUCCCUUGCUACAUGCAUCAGGUAGCCUCAGUACUUAGCAAGUUGCUAGGUUUAGGUUGUGAUCUGGUCAGUCAGUGAAAAUUGCAAUAGGCCUCUAAAGAGACCAGAGGGCCAAUAGCUGCUUAGAAUCCUGCAGCUGUCUUCUGCAAAGAGGGUAAACCAAACGAGGGCACCAAAUUUGGAUUUGCCCACAUCCGGAGUCUCCUUCUAGAAAAAUGCUCUACUGCAACCAGAGUCACUCGCACACAGUAUAAGGAAGUUUUACAUUUGUCAAAGAAGGGUAGCAAAAAAAACUAUUGUAUAAUGAGAGUCGUGGAACCAAAGAGUUUUAAAACUAGCACAUUACAUUUUGAUUGACAUGGAGCCGAUCGUGUGAGAAAUGCAUGGAUGGACGAUCAUGAUUACGUCCGCAGAUAGGCUGUACCCUGAGAUUUGUCGUGCACUAUUCCUAGCUAGCCAUGCUGUCACAUUUUAAUAGCUUAUCACUUCUUUAUUAUAAUACGAACUUCUCUUUUUUCCCAGGUGUGUUUCAAAGCGUCUACUGGGGCCUGGGAGGUAUACUAGGUCUCCUUAUUGGAAACAAUCUGAUCCAUGCUGCCGGACCGACAAUCGCGUUCCGUCUCUUCACAAUGUUGGCCGUCAUGUUUAUAAUCGUCUUCACCUUCGGUUUAAGAUACGUGAACUUUCGAGAUCGCAAUUAUUACUCGGUGCUGCUGAACACUUUUAAUAUCUGCACAGAUACCAUGGACACUCAGCCGAUGAGUGAUGGGAAUGAAGGUGAAAGGAUACCCGAAGAGUGUAAUGCUUGCGAGCAGACGACACAGGCAACCACUUUGGAGAACAGAGCUAAAUCGUCACAGCAAAGAAAUCCUGAAAUCCACUGUGAAUCCUUAUCGUAUUGA